GAAAAAUGCGCACAAAAUAUAAAAUUGUGUUUCUUGGUGAUCCAAGUGUCGGGAAGACGACGCUCAUCUCACAAUUUACGAACAAAGAGGCAGACGAGAAUUACCACCCAACAAUAGGCAUAGACUUCACAUAUUUAAGGGUAAAUUUGCAGGGAAAAGAUGUUCGAUUGCAAUUAUGGGACACGGCCGGGCAAGAACGGUAUAAUUCUAUAAUACCAAACUACACGCGUAAGUCUUUUGCUGCUGUUAUUGUGUUUGAUCUCAAGCAUCUCAGCAGCUUUGACAAUAUUGACCACUGGAUAAAGGACCUAGUGCUGAUAAAUGAUCCUGACAGACUUAUAAAAAUAGUAAUUGUGGGAAACAAAAAAGACCUGAUGGAUGAGAGGGAGAGGGAGGAGAUAAAGAUUAAGGCGGUGGAGAAGGCCAAGGAGUAUGAUGGUAAGUAUAUCGAGACGUGUGCGAUGAAGUAUGCAGAUAUUAGGGAGUUGGUUGACCAUGUGAACGAUUUAGUGAUUCAGGAUUGCUCCGGUAACAAUGAAGAAGAGAAUGAAGAUGUUGUCGAAAUACAGGCUCAGAAGGGAAGAGGAUGUUGCCCUAUGUAGAAGGCGUCAAUAGCGGCAUUACCUACGUCUCUCUCUCUAAAUAAAUUUUUAAAUAUUUGAUGGA